AUGGAAGAGCCUGAGCAGGGUACUACGGCUCAACAUGAGAAAGAUCACGAGGCAUAUCUUUCCUUGAAAAGAAACAAUAACAUCGCUCGCAUUACGUUGUUGAGUUGUAUGCAAGAUGAUUUCAUGUGUGAGUUUGAAGAGUAUGAAACUUUGAAAGGAAACUUUCCUAUUUCGACCGAGCUCACGGAAACCUUCCAUUCCUUCGAGAGGCUUCUCACCGACCUCGGCCUAAUGGGCUGUGUUCGGCCCAAUGUUUCACUUGGCCCAUCUUUCUCGGAAGAGAGCAAUCCUCCACAGUUAGUUCGUAAGAAUUCCAAAUCGGUGGAAGCUAGCAGCAGCCGUGCUAGAUCUAGAGUUGAAGCCACCGAGCGUCUGACUACAGAGACUCGCGAAACGGAGGCUCGGACAGGGCCGAACGCUGGCGGUAGUAAUCGUGAGAUCGAUGAGAUCGAGGAGGCCGAAGAAGAAAAUCAGGAGGAGGACGCCACUGAGGCCGAAGUUGCCGAAGACAACCUUGAAGCGGUGAACCAUGCUUCACUACCGCUUCCAAGACGAAGGGUCGUUCGUCCUAACAACGUGCCGUCUUCCUCGGUUACUUUGGGUGCUAUUCAGGCCGUGCUCGAAGAAAAUGGGCUCUCGGAUCAAAUUGCUUUGAUAAUUCCUGAAGCUGGAGAUCGGCCAUGGGACGUCCCCGAAGGCUUCCUCUGCAUAUACUUGACCUAUUUCACACAAUGUGGGCUUUCGCUUCCAAUUCCCUCCCGUCUGCUCGGGUACUGCAAUCGGCGAGGCGUAGCUCUCACGCAGGUGAUGCUGGCUUCUAUAACGAACUAUGUAGGGUUCGUCUCCUUAUGCGAAGAGCUCGGUGAGAUUCCAACCAGUCGGCUGUUCAAGGAUCUCUUUUCGGUGAACAUCCACAAAUCCAAGGAGUGGUUCUUCGCUGCGAACGCCAAGCCGAAGAAGAACAUAGUUACUGGGCCUAAACCCAGUAAAUUCAACGACUGGGAGUCUCUAUAUUUUUAUCUCGAGAUGAACGAUCUCACUGUCAGCAACUCUGACAUCCCCACUCAAUCGGAGUGGAAGAUUCCGAUUGGUCGUCAUCUCCCAAGUAUCAUUCUCAACUCCGGUCUUACCUCCGAAUUCGAAGAAACCUUCAGUGAAGCCGGUAAGCGUCGUUGGCCUGAAGUUUGGGAGGAAAUUCUUCAGCGUCGAGCUAAGAAAGCAGAUUCCGUCCGAGAACCAAAACCGCGGAAGCCAAAAGCUCGAGCUAACAAGCCCCGAGCUGUUCCAAGACGCAAAGCACCAAAACCACGAGCUCAACGUACCCGAACCGCUAGGAUGCUCUCAUUGGACGAGAUCCCUACUCUCAUCGAUGAAGAGGAACCGAACGACACGGGCCCGAUCCCCGUCCCUGCUGCAGCAGUGACCGAGGAGCAGCCUGAAGAACUACCGCCGGUUGCGAACUCCCCUGACCAAUCUGGUCAGAAGAAGCUGAAGAAGAAGAAGUCUUCGAAGAAGACUAAGAAGAUCGAAAAUUCUUUCCGGGCUCAGGAUGCCGCUGAGGAGUUCGAACCGCCGACUGCUGUGACGUCGGACCUUGCUCUGCCCCAGGAUCGAGCCAAAGCCUCUCAUUCUCGGAAAAGGCAAGAAAGAGAUCAAACCAAGGGUUCUCCAGGGCCAGAGCCGGCUAAAAGGGCUAAACUUCGUUUUGAUUAUGACGAAAAGACUCCUUUCGAGGAGAACGUCGAUGCUUGUGCUGAGCUCUACCACAAAAUUUCCUCUCAGGUCAUGAGCCUCCCUUCGGUUCCCGAACUCCGGUUUCCGAACAUGUACAAGGGGAUCGCCCGUACAACUGCUCUCGCCAGCCAGACCAACAAUCUGGUCGCCGCAUACGAGGUAGCUCUAUUCGACGAGCAAGUGAGGGUCCCGGAACUGGAGGAAAGAAUCGCUAAGGCUAAGGAGCGUCUCGCCACCGAGCUCCAGAUUAACGAUAUCCUCCACUCUUCGGUUGAUCUGCUGAAGCAGGAGAGCGCUGAGCUUGAAGCGGCUCGAGCUAAGAGCGUGCUUGCAAAGGCCUGCGAGCGUUUGGAGAAGGUGUACUUGGUGGUCAACCAGCUCACAGGAGCUUGGACGACGCUGACAGGGCUCGGAAGCUUGGACGACGCUGACAGGGCUCGGAAGCCGUACUUGGUGGUCAACCAGCUCACAGGAGUUCUCGGCUUCAUCAAGCAGUUGAAGAAGAAGGGCUUGUACGAGGUCCCGCCCGAGAUGGUAGCUGAUAUCGAGGCAAAGCAUGCCAAGGCGUUGGAAGACUUUCGUUCGGUCGAUGCUUGCGUUCUCACUGAAGAGGAUAAGCGGAUGUCUCCUUCCGCGGACGAGGAUGACGUUCCGGCCGUGAACGUGACCUAG